CUCCGCUGCUCGGAAAGGGGGAAGGCGAAGCAGCUCCAAGGCAAAGUCCAAACCCUCAACCCCCGCGCCGCGCCCAUGGCGGCCGCUGCCUCGGCCUCCUCCUCCUCCUCGCGCCGCCGCGGCGGUGGCGCGCGGCAGUCCCCGUUCUUCCGGGACCUGGCCUCCCCGAUCCCGUCCCACCGCGCGGCCUCCCGCUUCGCCUCGGCCGCGGCCGCGCCCAGCGCCACGCCGCCUCCCCCGCCGCUCUUCACCCUCGACGACCGCGUCGCCGCCGCGGACUUCUCCCCCGACCCCGCCGCCUCCGACCUCCUCCCCGUCGCCUCCUCCCCGUCCCCGCGCGCCGCCGCGGCCAGCCGCUCCCCGUCGUGGGACCGCUCCCGCGGCAGGGCCUCCGCCCCCGGAUCCCCCAUGGAUGGGGUCGUGGAGCCGCCUCAGAAGGAGGUGCUUGCUUUGCCCCCUCCUUCGAGCCCGGGUACUCCGGCUCCUCCUCCGCCUCCGGCCGCGGAGGCACAGUCGCCUGUUACCCCGGCACCUGUGUCGACUGGUGCGGAGGUGGAGAUGAACGGAGAGGAGGUAGAUCGGGAGGAAUGGAUCACUGUAUUCGGAUUCUCCCAUAGAGAUACCAACCUUGUUAUUCGGGAAUUCGAGAAAUGUGGAGUAAUUUUGCGGCAUCACUCUGGUCCACGAGAUGGUAAUUGGAUCCACAUAUUAUAUCUGCACUCUUAUGAUGCUCGGAAGGCCCUUCAAAAGAAUGGUAUCCAGAUAAGCAGUGGCGUCAUUAUUGGAGUGAAGCCUAUUGAUCCAAUGCAUAGGCAGCAGCUCGAUGAGAGGUUCACUGGAAACAAACAAGGAGGCUUCAUGGUUUCCUUGCCUCCAAAGUCUCUAAUUCUUAAGGGUACUGGUGCAUCAAACCAGUUGGGAGCCUUGCCACGCCCAUAUGAUCCUAAAGCUAACACAAAUGUUAACAGAGAUGCUAGCCGACGUGCAGCAGGCAGCGUUGCUGCACCUGCAAAAUCUCUUGUUACGAAUGUGAUGGAUUUGAUAUUUGGUAUUUAACCUGCCAUUUUGAGAACCUAUGAUAUAUCUUCAUCUUUCUGUGUUUCUUGUGUCUUAUGGAGGACGCGCUGGUGAGCAAUAUGUCAGUGUGACAAAGGUCCAGGAAGAAAUUUGCCUAAGAUUUAGAGAAUUUGGAGAGUGAACUUAUCUUUGGCGAUGUAACAUUCAUAUUGUGGCACCUUUUCCUUUUGGUUGUACUUCUAUAUUAUGAUUUGCUGAGAGCAGCUGUUGUAUGCCGGUUGAUGUGCUAUAUAGCUCGGCAUGAAAGUGUCUCAUAGGAAUAAUGCAAAGUGCAAAUAUAGAGUUUUUUGUGAUUAAUUUAGAGGUUAUUAGGUGAUUUCAGUUUUAACAAAGGACAAGGAGAACAAUUUGGUUGAGCAUCAA